GAAAUUUUGGGACUCGUGGUGUCUGCGUGGGUGUGUGGGUGUGUGUGUGUGUGUGUGUGUGUGGGUGUGUGUAUCAUGGAGAAGUCAACCCCCAGCGUGACAGCUCCCGACUUCGACGUUUACGGGGCCAUGGAUUGGAAGGAUGACGUGGGCACUCUACCCGGAAGCCAGCUGAAGUUCCGGGUAAAUGAGUUUGGGGUUCUGGAGGUUAUAACGGACGAUGGCGAUGAAGAGGGGGUGAGGAAGGCUCAUGCUACCACCACGUGGAGUGUGCCAACGGCACAGGAAGCUCUGUCGGAGGAGGUGCCAGAGGAACGGCCAUGGGCGCAGCGCGGCCUCGUGUGCGUGCGCUGCAACAGGAAGGGAUCUGCUGUCGACUUCCUGUCGGAUGGACGUUACUGCAGCGAAUGGUGCCGGCAGCAGGGUCAGCAAGACGACCUGAAGUCCCAGGGAGAAGAUUCCGUAACCGACGGCACCGCUGUGGGGGCCGGCAGGAAGAGGCCCCGCCCCUCCGACCGGGCAGAUGAAGAGACAGACGGCGUGUUGGAGCCGUUGGCCGAGGAUGAUGAAGACUACAAAAAGAGCUUGGAGUGGGCCAGCACAUCCUCAAAAGAAGAGAAAGAGAGCAGGAGGCCAUUGCGAGGAGCUCCUCGAGGCAGAAGAAAGCGCAGGGGAGACGCCGCUCUGCUCAGACAGUCGGUUCCGUAUGGUGGCAAGAAAAAGUCCUGGUGUUGGGCAUCCUACCUGGAGCAGAACCGAGCCAUCGCAGCUCCCAGCAAGCUCUUCAAAGAGUAUCAGUCCCUCCCCCAAAAUAAGAAUGGUUUCAGGGUGGGCAUGAGAUUGGAAGGCAUUGAUCCCGAGCACCCCUCCAUGUACUGCGUCCUCUCCGUCGCCGAGGUGUGUGGCCACAGAGUUCGACUGCACUUUGAUAAAUAUUCGGACUGCUACGAUUUCUGGGUGAACUGCAACUCUUCUGAUAUCCACCCAGUGGGCUGGUGUGAGAAAACAUGUCACAAGCUGCACCCUCCAAAAGGGAUGAAGAGCGAGGCGUUCAGCUGGUGCUCCUACCUGAAGACGAGCAAGGCACAGGCCGCACCCAAAGCGCUCUUCGACAACCAUAACGCUACGGUCACACCUUUAGGCUUCCGGAUUGGGAUGAAACUCGAGGCGGUCGAUAAGAAGAAUCCCUCGUUCAUCUGCGUUGCUACAGUCACGGACAUGGUGGACAGCCGUUUCCUGGUCCACUUCGACGACUGGGAUGAGAGCUACGACUACUGGUGUGAUGCAACAAGUCCAUACAUCCAUCCGAUUGGCUGGUGUCAGGAGAAUGGCAAGAUCCUCACCACGCCCCCAGGUUACCGUGGCAGCGGGGGUUUCUCCUGGGAGAAGUACCUGGAGGACACCGGAUCGUUACCUGCCCACGCCCGUGCUUUUAAAGCGAAGCCUCCCCACAGUUUCCAGGUGAAUAUGAAGAUGGAGGUUGUAGAUAAGAGGAAUCCCAUGCUCGUACGUGUGGCUACGGUGGUGGACCGAGAUGACCACAGGAUAAAGGUUCACUUCGAUGGCUGGAUGGAUGAGUACGACUACUGGAUCGACACGGACAGCCCCGACAUCCAUCCCGCUGGGUGGUGCGCCAAAACAGGACACCCCCUGCGGCCGCCCAUUAGUACCCAAGACAUGAUUGAGUCAUCAGAGCAGGGGGGUUGUCCUACACCUGGAUGCAAAGGAAUUGGACACAUCAAAGGAGCUCAGUACUCUGGCCACCACAGUGCGGUGGGCUGCCCGUACUCUGACAUCAACAUGAAUAAGGACUCAGUUCUGCCGGACCGGCUGAGUGGUGAGAUGCCGGGUUCUGGGGUGGGCCGGCCACGCCGGGCCGAUACAAACCUGACCAUGCCCCCGGACACGCCCCUGGACACGCCCCCGGACACGCCCCUGGACACACAGGAUAAACCCGUCCGCCCCGGCACCUCUCACCUGGACAAACCCAACACGGCAACCGCCACAGUGGAAACGCCGUCUAAGAAGGCUGUCGGAACAGAGACCAAGAGAAGGGUGGGGCGGCCGUGCAAGACGCGGAAGGUGGUGGAGCCGGUGCAGGAAGAGGAAGUGGAGAGUGAGGUGUCGUCCAUCGUGGAAUCCAAAGAGCUGACUCUACAACAGGCGCUGCACCAGUCCGUGUUUAUGCCGUGCUCCACCCCCUCUCCCAGCAGGCCGCACUGCUGGGACCAGCACAGCAAGCUCCUCCCAUCGGUGGCUGGCAUCACAGCCAGCACAGUGGCCACCUGGAGUGUGGAGGAGGUGACUCAGUUCAUCCAGCGCCUUCCAGGGUGCCGGGAGCAAGUGCACACGUUCCGAGAGGAGCAGAUUGAUGGCGAGGCAUUCCUCCUGCUGACCCAAGCUGACCUGGUCAAGGUCCUGAGCAUGAAGCUUGGUCCUGCCCUCAAGAUCUACAACUCCAUCCUGAUGUUCAAGACUGCCGAGAGCUCCGCCUGCAACGAACUCUGACCUCUCGUGCCUCGCUGCUGACCCGCACUGACCUUUUGGCAUGAUAAGACCGCUGGCUGUUGUGUCGGCCGUCGCCCGCUCCGAGGGGCUCCGAUGACGGAACGACACAUUCCAAACGCAGCCGUAACACUUUCACGCACCCCACGGAGACAUUUAGACACCCGUGACGCAAAGAGGCACGAGUUACAGUCCGCUUGGAAGGAUUCGUCCUGGUCCUGACAAUUAUCGCUUAGUUAGACAUAAGUCCUUAAAACAGGUGUUCUAGAUGCAUUAUAAAUGUGUUACACAAGCUUUACUUAGAGCCCUUCAAGUGCGUAACAGGACACAGAGAUACAGAUGGUGAUGAUGAUGAUGAUGAUGAUGAUAAUGAUGAUGAUGGUGAUUAAUUUUCUGAUGAUGCACUACAGAGCACACCAGACGUUUUUCUCUGACAGGACCUUAUGUAAUGUGAGCCACAUGCACAGUGUUGUUUUUUAUUUAUCACGGAUGUUGCUGUUUUGCUCUUUGGACGUUUACUUCAUGCUAAUGACUUCAUUAGUUUCUAUAUACGUGAAACUAAAGAUUUACGUUUUCAAGGUGCAGAACUUUGAAUGCAAAAAAAAGUGUUGUGGAUUUUAAUCUUCUUAUAAUUAUUAUUGCUACUAUUAUGAUUCUUAUUAUUAUUUGUGUUUUUAUGAGAGAUGUCAGACAUGUCUAGUAAUGUAAGAGUUCAUUGAUGAUGGUCUGUAAUAGAUUCAGGGUAAAAGACCUGCUCAGACUGUCAGAGGGACAGACUGUCCGGCAGGGGGACAGACCUGCUCGGACUGUUCAGCGGCAGGACAGACCUGCUCAGACUAUCCAGCAGGAGGACAGACCUGCUCGGACUGUCCGGCAAGAGGACAGACCUGCUCGGACUGUCCAGCAGGGGGACGGACGUGCAUCCAAGUCCAUGAAGCAAACUGCUUUCAUUCUGGACCAUUUCAAACUAUUCAUCAAGAUUUGGUCCAUUGAGGAAAGACUAGCCGCUAUUUGCUGGUCUGGCAGGACAUGGUGGUCACUGGGUUACCGGUCACUGGGGGGUUAGCCAACCAACACAAGCUUCGUGCUGGCCUUUUGUCAUUUGAACUUUGACAAAGUUUCUGUUGUUGCUGGAACACAGAGUACGUGCCUGAGCACAUUUUGCCCCUUUACCUUGAGCCAAACUCCCCCCACACACACAGAGUAUUGCUUCCAUCGCUGGAAGGUGACAGGACACCACUGACAUUUUGUGCAUGUCUGUACAGCGAUUCCAUAGUACUCCUUCCCAGGUGAAUUGGAGCUUCAACCUCUUCCGCACCAUCAACCAGGACCUCCGCGUUCAGAGAUGUGUGAGGUGUCGGGGUUUGGGGUUUUUGGGUUCAUGUAGUGUUCGAGAUCAUGUUGAGGAAGCGUCUCCAACGUCUAGAUGUUCACUCAGAGAAGGCCCCUGCAGACAGGCAGGAGAAGGGCGGUCCAGAAGGACCCGAGUGACCUGCUGAGAACGGGGUUUGGGUUGGAAACCCGAGUGCACGAGAUCCCUCUCCCUAGCCGGCUCGGCUUUGCCGCCACAGAAACGCGAGACUACCUGCAAUCGUAAUCAAGGACGAACGAUGCUGUUUUGUAAUUCCUGGAUUUGAGGAGGAUUGAGCAGAGAUCUGUUAUGCGGCUGUCCUCAGAUUUAGCUUCUGUUUAUUCCUUUUAGAACGGCAGCAUUCCUGUGGGUGCAGCGAGGGAGAGAAAGCGUGUUGUCCGUACGCAGGUUGGGGUGUGUUUACCUCUGUCCGGUGCAGCUGGACUUCAGUGUUGGGUAGAGUUGGUUCGGUGUUUAGGUGGGCUUUGGUCCUGAAGCUUGCAGAGAUCUGUGUCUCCCCUCGCGACUCAAAACGCACUCCAUUCACCUCCUAAAGUUCCCAAAAAUCACAUGAUAAGCUGAAUGUGUUUUCAUGCUCUAAUGAUUCUAACUGGAGAGCAUGAGAAGUAACUGAUCAGAUGAAUGAGGUGUGCCAAAGUAUAUAUAGAGAGAGAGAAACAGGGAGAGUGUGUGUGUGUGUGGGGGGAGGGAGUGGGGGGUUUAAAUGAGAUCAUUAUGGCUAAUGAACAGACGCUUACACUCAACCACUGUAAUUCAUUUGCAGAUUAAUAAAUGCCACAGCCAGAAGGUCAGUGACAACA